CUGAUUCUCUUCCCCCCUUGAUGAACUUCACUAGCAUAACUAUCCUUGACCAAGUUCCCAUCAUGACUGGGCAGAACUAUGCUUACUGUACUCUCAUCACCCGGUCGUCGUACCUUGCGGGCGUGCUGAUACUUGCUCACACAUUGGCUAAGUACAAGAGCGCAUACCCUCUCAUUGUUCUCUACACAGACACACUAUCUGCUUCUUCAGUCCGCGCCCUUGAGCUCGAAGCAACUCACAGCAACCUCAUCCUUCACCGCGUCGAAGCUCUGUUGCCACGCGAUAACAUCCACGUGCACCUCAUAGCCGAGCGCUUCGCCGAUACCUGGACCAAGUUGCGUGUCUUUGAGCUGUACAAGCUCGACAACUACGACAAGAUAUGCUAUCUCGAUGCCGACAUGAUCCUGCGCAGAAACAUGGAUCACGUCUUUGACAAGCAACUGCCCGCCAACGACUGGAUCGCCGCCAACCACGCUUGCGUCUGCAACCUUGACAAGGACGCCUGGGCUCCCGAAGAUUGGACCAAGGAGAACUGCGCCUACACUGCCGUAUCGCAUCCAGAUGCCCUUGACCACCCCACUCCAAUCACUCCCGACUCGCGCGGUACCUAUCAUCUCCUCAACAGUGGCAUGUUCCUCUUCGUCGCUUCCGAGCAGCUCUGGGAUCGCAUGAUUCACUUCUUCAACACCACUCCUCUGCUAGGCGAGUUCAAGUUCCCUGACCAAGAUUUCCUGGCCGAGUUCUUCAAGAACAAGUGGAUGAGCAUAGGCUGGCAGUUCAAUGCAUUAAAGACUAUGCGCUACUGGCACGAGAACAUCUGGAGAGAUGAGGAGGUUGUCUGCCUGCACUACAUUGUCGACAAACCCUGGGCCAAGCGCGUGACCGAAGACGGCGUAGCUGGAUAUCUAGGUCGUGACGGCGAGACUCACACCUGGUGGUGGCAAGAAUACGAGGACUGGCACAAGCAACGCGAAGCACAAGGGGAGACGGAAGAACUGAGCAUCGCAGAGAAGCACACUGCCAGACCUCUCGGCCAGGAAGACCAGGAGUCGGACGAGAUGCGUGCCAUUGGCAGCGGCGUCCAGUCUUUUGCAAACAAUAAGAAGCCCGGCCAAAGCAACGGAGAGGACAAGCAGCAAGACACCAACGGUUACAAGGAGAACGAAGAUCUUCCUCAGCCUCAGCUCCCAGCUCCCCAUGAGCUCAAGGGGAAGGCUUUGGGCGAACGUGGCCAUGGUCCCAGACUUCGUGGAGGCUCUUCUCAAAUGAAGCCUUGAGUGUUUCUCUGGAUACACGCUACAUGAUACAUGUACUCGCUUAUCUGUUCUAACAGCUGUACAUAACAUCAGUCUUGCUCGGUAGGUUAACCAGUACUUCUCGUAUCUCACGAUUACUUAUUGCCUGCUGUCCUUGUCUUCCUUCAUCAAACAAGUACUGGUUGCGUGGCCCAAUGGCAAGGCGCUUGACUACGAAUCAAGAGAUUGCAGGUUCGAUCCCUGCCGUG